AUGGCAGCUGUGGCACCUCCUGCCCACCUGCUGAGGGGUCAGGUCGGCUCAGAAAAAUGGCACAAGGAAAACAGCGGAACCGUGCGGAAAGCCAACGAGCUGACGCAGUACUACGGGAAGGAAGCCCUCGACCUCUGGAGGCCCACCCGGGCCCCAGGCCAGCCCGAGGAGACACCCUACGAGUUGAAGCUGAGGAAGGACACCUGGAAAUUCAAGCUGGAUGUGUCGGCAAGCGGGGAGGUGAAGAGGAAGCCGCCCGAAGGACCCGGGGUGACCCUGUGGAAGAGCAAAAUCAAGCCUCCCCCGUGGGUCGGCAAGAUGGCCUUGCCCUGCUUCCGAGAUUUCUUCAACACCAAGAACAACGAAUUUAUGACUCAGUACGCCCGGGAGACCCGCCAGGUGGUGAGCCGCCUGCGCCAGGCCCUGAUCGAGAUCAACGAGCAGUUCAAAUCCCUGGUGCGCGAGAGAGAACGGCUCGACAACACACUGGCCAAGAUUCGCCAAACCCUCCUUACUAACAAGCAAACCCAAGCCAUCCGGGAGCACAGACCAAUGUUGGAGAAGGUACCUGACAAAGUGGACGCCUUGAUGAAAUGGGAGAAGAAGGAGUUACUAAGACAGAAGGUCAAGCUAGAGGGGGCGAUGGCCAUGUCAGAGGAUCACCUUAAGGCGUUAGGCACGUGUCGGCAAGCCCUGCAGACAGCAAGUGAUGAACGCAGUCGCGUGCUGGACCUGCUGCCGCAUCCCCUGCGCAUGGUUCUCCUAGGGGCUGGCCGUGACUCCUGGCUCGGGCUCAGCCGGCCCUCGUCCCCCUGGGUAGAGCGAAACGAGACACCCGUGUCGGACCCCAUCGGACCUUUCACACCAGACUGUUCGGCAGCUAUUGAUGAAGCGCGGCGCCUCACCUUUGUUUCCAAGGACGUGAUGCUGAAGGUGCACGAAGCUAUCAAAGAGGCACAGGACACCCGCAACACAGCCCACAACACCAUCGAGAACAGCUUGCAAGGCAAGAGGGACGAGACUCUCUGUCACAAGGAACGGCUAGACAUGGCCUUGGGAGGAACACGCGGCACCCUGCACCGCUGCCAGCGUUUCAUGCACGAGAUGGCGAUCAGCCGAGGAAUGAUCCUGGGCCCUGACAGUAUGAAGUACUUGGAGACACGGGAGAAGCUGACACGGCCGAUGGUGCAGGUGUACCAAAGACACGUGGGGACGCAGCUCCCCGAAGCUGCAAUCCUCAACCAGUCCACCGCACAGUUAGAUCGCUCCAUAGUGGAUACAGCCAAGAACAUUCAGAACCUCAACAACACCAGGUGUUACCUGCAGCAACGCAUUCACGACAAGGAGACUGGCUACCAUGUGGAUGGCAGCAUCAAACGCCUGCGGCAGCGCCGCAUUCACCCCCGCACCUGCCUGAAAGAGGCUCUUGAUCUAGUCUGCUCCUAGGAAGCUCAACAAAUACAUGUAGAAAUCAA